AUGUUAAUGUGUUUUAAAAUUAAAUAUCCUACACGAGUGUAUAUGUUACGUGGAAAUCAUGAAGAUGCUAAUACAACAUUAAUUUACGGAUUUUAUGAUGAAUGUACCACACGAUUUCCAAAUGAUGAAGGAGAAUUGUUAUGGCAUAUAUUUAUGAUGGUAUUCAAUAUGAUGCCUUUAUCAGCUAUUGUUGGUGAUCGAGUAUUAUGUAUGCAUGGUGGUAUAUCACCACAUCUUAAUGAUAUCACAAUGCUUGAAAAUAUUCCUCGUCCUAGUAUUGUACCACCAUAUGGAUUGAUGUGUGAUACAUUAUGGUCUGAUCCAGAUGAUCGAUAUCCAGGUUGGGCACUUAGUGCACGUGGUAUAUCAUUUACAUUUAGUAGUAAAAUUAUCAAAGAAUUUUGUGAAACAAAUAAUAUCGAUUUAAUUGUUCGUGGACAUCAACUUACAGCAGAUAUGUUUAAAGGAGGAUACAAAUAUUUUGCCGGUGGACGUUUGGUAACAAUAUUUUCAGCUCCAAAUUAUUUAAAUAUGAAAAAUGAUUCAUGUGUUUUGCAUAUUUCACGGAAGUUCAAAUGUCAUUUUACGAUAUUUCGACCAACAUCUUCUGGUCCUGUUGAAAUGCAAAAUGAUAAAGAUGGCGAGACACAAGCAACACCAAUUGAUUAA